ACAAGAUGGCGGCAGCUGCAUAACAGCACCGUUCAGAAGAGGCAUAAAGACAGAGAUUAUCUAUGGUUCUUCCGGUUCGGACUUGUUCAAAAGCUUCGGUUACAAAGAGUCUGUUCGUGAGGCGCACACAGCUGACCGUCAGCGGGUUCUGUUGGAGAAAUGAGCAACAGAAACAUUAAAAUCCGGGAGACUGAUUCCAACCGCAGCGAUCAGCUGAACAGAUCAGAUGUUCAGCACACAGUGCAGAUUAAAGAGGAAGCUCCUGAAGACCAGAGUCCUGGUGUGGACCAGCAGGACCCAGAGCCCCUCCACAUAAAGGAGGAAGAGGAGGAGCUCUGGGACAGUGUGGAGGAAGAGCAGCUCAACGUGAUCGUGGUGUUUCCUCUGAAGAGYGAGGAUGAUGAGGAGGAGSCWCUGUCCUCACAGCUUCAUCAGCACCAAGUGGAAAACAGAGACGUUCCAACCAGCAGCUCAGCUGACCUAAUGACUGGAGAAGCUGAUGGAGGAGCAGAAACCUGCAGGAACUCAGGUCUAAACCCUCAUGGAGACACUUCCAGCUCCUCAGUGAAUGAAGUCAGUGAGGAUGAAGAAGAGGAUGAGGAUGGAGACAAUCAUAUGUCAGUCUUAUCAGACUCUGGGUCUACAACUGAAGACAGAAACAAAGACUGGAAGGAGAGCAGAGCUCCUGAGUCAGGUGGAAACUCUGUCAACAAACCUUUCAGCUGCUCUGAGUGUGGGAAACGAUUUGUCCACAACUGCUCUCUCCAGCGACACAUGAGCUGUCACUCAGCAGGAAGCUGUUUGGGUCAUGAAGAGAAGAGACGUGUAGAGUCACAGAGAAAAGAAGAAAGAGGAUUAAAACCAUUCAGCUGUGAUGAAUGUGAUGAAAUGUUUACCAGCAAAGUUAAACUAAUCAAACAUAUAAGAGUUCACACAGGAGAGAAACUGUUUGGUUGUGAGUUUUGUGAACGAACAUUUAGCCAUAAGACAAAUUUAAAUGCACACAUGAGAGUUCACACAGGAGA